UGCUUAGAUGCAGCGGUGACACCGUACACAUUUGCGAAAGGACCCAGAUUCAGGUGUGCCAGGCGACCUCUGCCGGCAGCGCAAGCAAGUGAAAGUACAAUGAGCAACUUAAAGUGAUCAACCGCUAAUCAGGCGGAGUUCAGGAUAUCCCUUAUUGGAAGAGACUACACAUGCUUGCUCAUGGACGAAAUCUAUGCCCGCUGUACGGCGGUGCACAUUCUACCCCAGAGCCGUCCCGAGGUAAGCGGCGGGGGAAGCCGAGCAAAAGCAUAUUACAGCCACCGACGUGCAUGCGCAUUCGGUACCACGAAGAGGUUCUCGGCUUCCCGGAGGGGUUUCCCUUCAGUCCACAGUACGGAUUCUUGGUUGCCGAUACCUUGCACCACCCGUUCGAUCGUGGAGAGUGGGCUCUCUGGCCAGACGGUGAAAAUCUUGUUGUUCGCUUCUUCUAUCCUUCCAAAGCGCUCGAUCGCUCAUAUCACGGUAAACUCAUUGCGCUGUUACGCUUCCGUGGGGCUCCCGAGGGUCGCCCGAACAGGAAAAUGCUGCUCUUUCACUAUCAACAGCCCAAGAAAAACAUUGCGCAGGUACAAGUGACAGGUGUAGGUGGACUCAGCAUCGUGGGGGAAACGGUGUUGGUGGGUGAGACUGUGGCUAUACGAACCCACGUCUUCAGCCCAAUUGUUUCAUUUGAUCGGGCAUAAUGCAAUACACGCAUUACAAGUGUAUCAGCCAGUAAAAGCGGGCGUGAGUAGCAAGUGGCUUUGCAAGGAAGGCAAAUUAGGAUGUUGAAUUAACCUGAUUGUAAGGAUACAGAGAGAAAGAGGAAGACAGGAUGAUGAUGAUGAACCCAGGGUGCGGCAGCCUGUUAGAUCAGCCUUCAGUGUAAGGCUGUCCACCCGAGCCCCAUUCUUGGCAGGGUCGCAGAGGAAGUUGACACCAUGUCGAAGCAAAGUGGGCGUCAAUUCAGUCUACGCACCAGAUCACGCGCGAAGCAUGGUCUGGAAAUCAAUAAGUUGUUA